GCCCGCCCCGGCUCCGCCUCCCGCCCGCCCCGCCAUCUGCCCGAGCCGCGGCUGGCCUGCGAGUCCGGCUUGGGCUGCUCGGCGAGGCGGUGUAGCCGCGUCCCUCUCGGGCCUUUCCCGGCAUCGCGAGACCCAGACGGGAGCCGGCCUCUUCCAGAAUGAAGGUCUUCCUGCCCGUGUUGCUGGCCGCCCUUCUGGGUGUGGAGCAAGCUCGCUCCCUGGUGUGCUUCGCUUGCACGAAUCAGAACAGCAACUUGUACUGCCUGAAGCCCACCGUCUGCUCCGACUCUGACAAAUACUGCGUGACCGUCUCUGCUGCCGCUGGCAUCGGGAAUGUGGUGGACCUUGGCUACAGCCUGAACAAGGGCUGCUCCCCAGUCUGCCCCGCCCCCCCGAAUGUCAACCUCGGCGUGGCAUCCAUGGGCACUCACUGCUGCCAGAGCUUCCUGUGCAACAUCAGUGCGGCGGACGGCGGGCUGCGGGCCAGCGCCACCAUGCUCGGCCUCGGGCUCCUGCUCAGCCUGCUGACAGCUGUGCUGAGGCUUGGCCCCUGACCACCUGGACCCCGUGCCCAGCCCCGACUACGCAGCUCAGGAAGGAACGCCCAGCCCGACCCAGACCCCUCAACUCCCCACCUGGCCUGAUCCCACCCCCUCGGCCCUCAGUCCCCACCAUCCAGCCUGCCCCCUGCACCUACACCUGCCCCCAGAGGGGCCAGCUGCCCUCACUUCCAAGGUCAAUGAUAUGACCUUCCUCUUAGAACCUGGGGAGGCAUGAGGGUCCGCCUGGAGCCUGUGGGUCUCGGAGUCGGAACUGCAUCACAGACAGGCACUGGGAGGGAUACCUAAGCCCCGGACCCUGUCCCCAGACAGUGGCGUGUAAAAUGUGCUUUGCGCCACUGUGUCUUGGAACGGGAUGUGUGCCGUGGCUGUGGACACUCCCGGCUGUGUCAGUGUGUGACUGCUGGCCAUGCCUGGUGGAGGGCUGCGGGGAAGCAGCCCUGCGUGCCCCAAGCGCCAACACCAGAGCCAGUCCUGGGCAUUUCCGUACCCACAUUCCACUCGCUUCGGUGGCAGGUCUUGUGGCUUCCAGGGCUAGGCGGCUGGGCCCAGGGGUUCCCUCUCACCCCGCCCCCCACACUGGAGCCCUCCUGCUUCGGUGCCUCAAAUAAACCCAGCUUUUCCCACCUC